AUGCCCCACCAAACAGAGGCGAUUCUAGCCUCGAAGAAAGUCGAAUUCGUGACCGGAGACAUCAAAUCCGUCAAUUUCGGUCUCGAGCCCGCUGUCCUCGAGCAACUCCAGAGCCAAGUGACCCUCGUCAUUCACACGGCAGCCAAGAUCGCCCUCGAGGCGCCUCUUCGGGACUCGUUUGAGAACAAUUGUCUUCCAUCACUGGAGCUCGCGCGGAUCGCAUCGAGGUUCCGAAAACUGAAAUUACUCAUUCAAAUUUCCACCGCGUACGUAAAUAGCUUCCUUCCCGAUGGUCCCGUCCUGGAACGACCGUAUACCCUAGCAGAGGAGGAUCCGGAGGAUGAGCUGGCAUCCAUCCUGACGCAUAAUGCUUCACCGCACGCCGCCCAGUUCGCCUCCUCGUACGGCCUGGCCAAGUACAUGAUGGAACGUCUGCUCGUGAAAAGAUAUCCGCAGCUGCCGGUCUUGCUUGUGCGGCCAACAAUCUUCGCUCCUGCGCUGCGAGAGCCGUAUCCCAUGUACGGCCCGGAAGACUCGACGCCACUGACCAAGUUUGGACGGUUCAUAAUCGCAGAUCGGGGAGGCACACAAGUUUGGCAUUCGACAGCUGGCUACAAGACUGGGGUUAACGUGAUCGACGAGAUACCCGUUGACUUCGUGGCCAAUGCAUGCUUGCUGCACGCGGCUGCGCGCACGACCGGGAUCGUCCAGGUCGGCUCCGAGUUAUACGAGCCGCAUACUUUCGACCAAUUCAUCGAGCUUGUCCUCGCUAAUGCACCGCCUGGUAUUCGAAGGGAGCUGCCGAGGUUUGUCUUCACGGAAGAUCAGAGCGCACCGCAGUGCUUCGUGGCUGAGCUGGUGGCGGUCGCCUCGCGCAAUUGGUUAUUCGAUUGUGGUCGGUCAUAUUGGCUAAAGCAGGUUGGGGGACCAUUGAGUCUACGGUCGUGCACACACCAGGCAGAAAGCAUGAAUGUAGCGCGGAUCCGCCAUAUCUACGACACGAUUGCGGAGCAGGAGAGGGCACGUCUUUGA